AUCCCUGCUGCUCCUAUGGGCUUGACAAGCGAGAAGCGCAGGAUUGGGUACAGGCGAGCUCACAGGGCUCAUAGAGCUAAGAGAAGCUAAUAGCUAAUAGAAUAGAAGCUGUUACAAUUAAAAGUCUCCAUUUCUCGAGAUUAUAAUCAGUGGACUUCACGGCUUCAUGAUUCCUUUCCAACCCAACAUCUGUGUGUGGAAAUAGGUAAAGAGGCGCAGAGGAUUUAGCGCUCAGUCAGGAGGAGGAUAUAUCCAGGGAGAGAGGUUGCCCCUCUUAUAGAAGAUGUCCACCAUGGUGUAUCCUCGUGAAGAGAAGCUGGAGAAGCUAACGCAGGAGGAGAUCAUCUCAAACACUAAGCUGGUGAUCCAAGGCCUGGAGGCACUGAAGAGCGAGCACAACUCUAUCCUGCACAGCCUGUUGGAGACCAUCAAGUGCCUGAAAAAAGAUGAGGAGGCCAACCUCGUACAUGAGAAGUCCAACUUGCUCCGCAAGUCUGUGGAGAUGAUUGAGCUGGGCCUGGGUGAGGCGCAGGUCAUGAUGGCUCUGUCUAAUCACCUUAAUGCUGUGGAGUCAGAGAAGCAGAAGUUGCGGGCUCAGGUGCGGCGUCUGUGCCAAGAGAACCAGUGGCUGCGGGACGAGUUGGCCAACACGCAGCAGAAACUGCAGAAGAGUGAACAGAGUGUUGCCCAGCUGGAGGAAGAGAAGAAGCACCUGGAGUUCAUGAAUCAGCUCAAAAAGUAUGACGAAGAUGUUUCGCCCUCGGAGGAAAAAGAUGGCGAACCACCUAAAGACUCUCUGGAUGAUCUUUUCCCUAAUGAUGAGGAGGAACAUGGCCAAGGAAUGCAGCACCAGCACAACAGUGCAGCCGUAGCAGCAGCGCAGCAGGGAGGAUACGAGAUCCCAGCCCGCCUCCGAACACUCCACAACCUGGUGAUCCAGUACGCCUCUCAGGGUAGAUAUGAGGUGGCAGUGCCGCUGUGCAAACAAGCUCUGGAAGACCUGGAGAAAACCUCAGGUCAUGAUCAUCCCGAUGUGGCCACCAUGCUCAACAUCCUCGCUCUGGUGUACAGGGAUCAGAACAAAUAUAAAGAGGCAGCACACCUGCUCAAUGAUGCUCUGUCCAUCAGGGAGAAGACUCUCGGCAAAGAUCAUCCAGCCGUGGCUGCCACCCUGAAUAAUCUGGCUGUGCUGUAUGGGAAGAGGGGCAAAUAUAAGGAAGCUGAACCACUGUGUAAGAGAGCCUUGGAGAUCAGAGAGAAGGUGCUUGGAAAGGACCACCCAGAUGUGGCUAAGCAGUUGAACAACCUGGCCUUGCUGUGUCAGAACCAGGGCAAAUAUGAGGAGGUGGAGUACUACUACUGCAGAGCUUUGGAGAUCUAUGAGUGCAGGCUGGGCCCUGAUGACCCUAAUGUCGCCAAGACCAAGAACAAUCUGGCUUCAUGCUAUCUCAAACAAGGGAAAUACAAGGAGGCUGAGGUUCUUUACAAAGAGAUUCUCACCCGUGCCCAUGAGAAGGAGUUUGGAUCAGUUGAUGCUCAAAACAAGCCGAUCUGGAUGCAUGCUGAGGAGAGGGAAGAGAGCAAAGGCAAGCACAGAGACAACACUCCAUAUGGAGAGUAUGGUGGUUGGUACAAAGCCUGCAAAGUCAACAGUCCUACUGUGAACACCACUCUGAGGAAUUUGGGUGCUCUCUACCGCCGACAAGGCAAGAUGGAGGCUGCGGAGACCCUGGAGUCUGCCGCGAAAUCCCAAAAGCAGGGGACUGAUCUCAUCAACCAGGGCCGUGUGGCUGAAAUUCUGAAGGACGGUGAUGGAGAUAGAAGGAGGAGCAGGGACAGCAUGUCCAGCGUUAAGUACGAUAGCAGCUCGGAGGCUGGAGAGGAAGUGAGUAUGGGAAUAGAGUGGAGUGGGGAUGGUAGUGGGGCUCUGCAGAGGGGCGGCUCUCUGGGGAGGAUCAGAGACGUGCUGCGUAGAAGCAGUGAAUUGCUGGUGAAGAAACUGCAAGGAAACGGACCUCCAGAGCCACGCUCCACCUCCAAUAUGAAGCGCGCUUCGUCUCUCAACUACCUGAACAGGACGAAUGACGAUCCCUUCCAGGUUUCUCGGAACCCUGGGAUAAAUAGGCUGAAACAGAGCCGUGGCUUGAGCUCCAGUUAUUUGGAUCUGUACAGUGGGAAUUGAGAGAAUGCCUCCACAGCUCCAGCUAUGACUUUACCACACCAUGCCAGACUCAGAUCCUCCACUUUUAAUAAAAGUCACGCCUCAGCUUUCAUUUCUACAGACCGACCCCUGCGAUAGAUCAGUCAUAUAGAUUCAGAUAGAUUGCUCUAUGAAGGAUUGCCCUCUUGUUACAGGUUUUUUUUUUUUUUUUUUUUUUUUUUUUUGGUCUUACUUUCUGUUACCACACUUUCUCAUUGUUACCCUAACAGCUGUGUUACAGGUUAUAUGUGUCUCGGUCUAAUGUGUCUUAACUACUUUCUCAGCCCGGAAACGCAUCCUAGAUGGUGCCAUGGUGUAUUAUUCUCAGAUAGCAAGGUCCAGUAAAGCAUUCUUCCAUAGAUAAUAUGAUUUGAGUCAAAUAGCAGACUUUUAUUAAUGCGUUUUAUAGUUGUAUAAAAUAGAAGUGGAAUUUUUGUUUUUUUUUGGGGGGGGGUACUUGUUUUAUGUAAAAAAAAAAAAAAAAAGUCUUUGUAAAUAAUGUUUGCUUUCGCUUUUUUUCUGGUCUUUUGUGGGAUGAAUGGCUGAAAUGAGAAAAGCCAAAUUUGUAUCAUCAUCAUUGUAUCACGUUGGUCCUGGACUGUUACUCUAUCUACACUUCCAUAUCCUGCGGAGAAGAUAAAGCUCUGAUAAAUGCUGUAUAGCUUAUAGACCUGGGAAUGAGGUGUUAGAUAGCUAUAGAGAGAAAAUAUCCUAAAAUAUUUAAACGAAAACUUAGUUACUGUGAAGUGCAUUGUUACUGUAGGUUAACUAUUAGAAAAGUUUGAGCAAAAGGACAAAAAACAAACCUUGGACCAACAGUGAUGUAUGUAAUGAGGCACUACAUGUCAUUUAAACGCUAGCUAUAUUUUUAAAGGUUAAGGUUAUGGGCUUUGUUACUGUAUACAGAUUUUUUAAAGUGAAAUUUAGUCUCUUAAAGUUAAUAUUCCUGUUACUGUUGGGUUUUACUGUAAGCAUUAUCAAGAUGGUGGAAUGUAUUUUUUUGUUCUAAUCUAUUCUGUUUUAAAGAAAAUCAUUGCACAGGAUUGGAUCUUCUUUUUUUUUUUUUUUUCCUUCUACUGAGUUGUGUUACUGAAACUGGCUGUGUAACAUUUUUUGCUCUGGUGUAAACUGGGCUAACUGGAAAACCAGUGCAUUAUGAUGUGCCAAUUAAAUACGGUUUGAUGAGUGUGAGUGGUACAGGAGUUUCUCAGGUAAUGCCAAAUUUAUAAGGUGUGUAUGGGAUAAAUAUGAAACCCUGCAUGCUGUAAAAGUUUUAAUAUUUCGUAGAAAGAUAUUUGAUCGUCAAUCAUUUUAAAUAUUGAUAUUUCCUUUGAGUUGUGUUUUGUGUAAUAUCGCAGAUUUGUUUAUGCCACAUUUGGCAUAUUUUUUUUUUUUUGGCAUAAGGAACCAAAGUACUUUAGCAAUUUUAAUUCCUCGUGGUGUGUGAGGUGGAUGAUGUGAGAAGGAUGUUACACAAGGCAGUGUGUUUGAAUGUUUUAUAGGAAUGUUUUACAGGUAGUGGGAAGGGUGAUAGGGAAAAAUGUCAAUAUGGAUUUUUAAAGAGGGCUCUGCAUGACUUCAGCUGAAUGGCUUCUCUGUAAAAUGCUUUCCUUUUGAACUCUACAGGUGUUGGGUACGAUAGCCAUAGAAGCCCUGCUGUUGGGUAUAACUGUCAUCUUGGAUGAUUUAUACCCUUAUAUUUUUGUGAUGCAAGAGAUGUGAUAAAUAAAUUGGUCAACCUUC